AUGCCUAAAAAAGAGGAAAAGCCGAAGGAGGAGGAUAAGAAAAAGAAGAAGGAAGAUAAACCUAAGGAAGAAGUGAAGCUAGUCGAAGACACCAAGCCUAAGGAGGAGGCUGAGCAUCGUCCAUUACCGGUCCUUAAUUGUGUUUCACCGCGGUUGUCUCAAAAUCCUAUAAUUCGAAAGAGCCUCUACUUUUCACUCUCAACGACAUCGCUUUGCCGAGCAACACUUGGAAGAAAAUCGCCACCUUCAACAACAACAAUCCGAACGUUAACCACGCCAAAAGGCAUCUGA